ACGGUGGCUUGAGGCGCCUUAGAAACGGAAAUGGUUUAAAAAGGCUCGAGAAGUGACUGAGAUGGUGGGUACGAUGAAUUUAUGCUGAGACCGUUCGAGCCAUCCAGGGGGUUGGUUAUGCUGAGGUAUCGUGAAGGUGUUUACACCCAGGUGGGCUCGUCUGACCCUUGACUUGCCUUGUUGCCCUCCUCACUAGCGCCAGGAGAAUCUGAGGUAAUGUAUGCUUAGGUGUUGACCUUACAAGAAGUCCAUUAACACACAUAAACAAGAACCUCUACUCUUUCAUCCGGUCACAUGGGAGCUGUCCCCGUGCAGCACCGAUGAUCGCUUCGCCCAUCCUGAGGCGGCUUCGGCUGGUCUCAUGUUCGUUGACGGGCGCAAAUAUGGCGGCCAAAGGGGCAUCUCGGCCGAGUCUGAUGCACAGCGGCACCUUUGGGCUGAGGAAUCAUAGCCCACGCCCAGUAGGCCUGUCGUGCUAUCACGCCUCCAAGACUGCCCUUGCACCACCCCUACCGGUUCUCAACCAGGAGUCUCCGUUGAAAUCGCAAGGCCCCGAACCCACGGCCCUAAGCACCGGUGCCCCGGUCCUGGCCCCGGCCCCGCCCAAGUCAUGGAUUCUGUCGCGCCUCCCGGCCGCAUGGGUGCCCUACGGCGAGCUGAUCCGGAUCGACAAGCCCGCGGGGACCUACUACCUCUUCUUCCCCACGCUGUUCUCGACCCUCAUGGCCGCCCCGAUGACCACCCCCAUGACCGACCCGGGCGCCGUCGUCGGGACUAGCCUCCUCUUCUUCACGGGCGCCCUGGUCAUGCGCGGCGCCGGCUGCACCAUCAACGACCUCUGGGACCGCAACCUGGACCCCCACGUCGCCCGGACCCGGCUGCGGCCCAUCGCGCGCGGCGCCGUCACCCCGCUCCAGGGCCUCGUGUUCACGGGCGCCCAGCUGCUGACGGGCCUGGCCGUCCUGCUCCAGUUCCCGGCGUCCUGCUUCUUCUACGCCGUCCCCAGCCUGGUCCUUGUCGCGGGGUACCCGCUGGCUAAGAGAGUCACGUACUACCCGCAGUUCGUCCUUGGGCUCACCUUUUCCUGGGGCGCGAUCAUGGGCUUCCCGGCCCUGGGCGUCGACGUGCUGUCCAACGGCUCGGCCCUGGCCGCCAUGGGUCUCCUCUACAGCUCGAACGUCGCGUGGACGGUGCUGUACGACAUGAUCUACGCCCACAUGGACAUCAAGGAUGACGCCAAGGCCGGCAUCAAGAGCAUCGCGCUGAAGCAUGAUGCGCAGACGAAGCAGGUUCUUACCGGCCUGGCCGCCGUCCAGAUCGCUCUUCUCGCUGGGGCGGGUGCUGCCGCUGGUGCUGGGCCGGCCUUCUUCAUCGGCAGCUGCGGAGGCGCCGCUGUCACUCUAGGCCUCAUGAUCAAGCGAGUGAAUCUCAAGAGCGUCAAAGAUUGUUGGUGGUGGUUCGUCAAUGGUUGUUGGAUCACGGGAGGGGCCAUUGCAGCUGGCUUGGCCAUUGACUAUGGCGUUCGCUACACCAAGGACGAUGAGGCUGAGAACAAAGUCUCUAGCUGAAAAUGGAGACUCGAUACUGCCCUCUGUAUAGCGUCAUAGAGUGGGCAGUUGAUGUAUACCACGGCCACGAGCUGUCGCCUGUACAAUAAUAUAGACACGAUUAUAGACGCGAUUACGGGGAUGACAACAUUCGUACCCCAGCCCAAGC